AUGCAUGUCUUUCUUGAAGGGAUUUUAUGUGAGAUAAGGCUUCUCCUAAACUACUGUAUAAAUGAAAUUAAAGUAUUUAAGUUGAUAGAUUUGAAUUCCAGAAUACAAGGAUUUCCAUAUGGGUUCUCCAAUAGCAAAAUUAAGCCAGCAGUUAUUUUGGAUAAGGAUUUACAACAAGGGCCUUCUACAAAUACGGGACAAAGUGCCACUCAGAUGUGGCUUCUUUGUAGUGUGUUGCCUUUUUAUUCUCGCUGAAUUCGUAGACAUUGACACUGACAGAUAGAAAUGUUUUAUUUCCAUCAUUGAAAUUGUCUCUUUGUUUUGCCCAUAAGAUCUCCAUAGCUGCUACUGUAUACUUGAAAAAAGCUAUCAAAGACCACUUGACCCUCUUCAAGACUGUGCAUAAAGACAUAGACAUUACACCAAAACAACUCUAUCUUGUUCAAUUGCCUUCUCUAACUUUGAAAUUUGGUCCUUUAAUCCGUUCAUGGUGUUUGCGCUUUGAGGCUAAGCAUGCUUAUUUCAAGGAUCAAGCAAGGAUUACAAAGAACUUUAAACAACUACCAUCUUCAUUGUCAAGGAGGUAUCGGUCUUCUGUCCAAGCUGAUUAUGUUAGGCUUAACAAAUAA